UUGGAUUGAUCCCAGUGUUUUCCAGUCAUGAAGAACAGGAGGGAAUAUGUGGAAUACUGGAGCGUGAUUAUAGUGUCUCUCUUCUGGAUUCACAGCUCUGCCGGGAUGCCCCAUGUCAUACGGAUAGGUGGAAUUUUUGAACAAAUGGAUGGACCCGUGGCGCUCGUCAGCUCCGAGGAACUGGCCUUUAAAUUUGCAGUUAAUAAUAUCAACAGAAACAGGACAUUACUGCCCAACACAACGUUAACAUACGACAUUCAGAGGAUUAAUAUCUAUGAUAGCUUUGAAGCCUCCAGAAAAGCGUGUGACCAGCUGUCUUUAGGUGUAGUUGCCAUAUUUGGGCCGUCUCACAGCUCCUCAUCGAAUGCUGUACAGUCUAUCUGCAAUGCCCUGGAGGUGCCACACAUUCAAGUGCGAUGGAAACACCACCCGAUGGACAAUAGGGAUACAUUUUAUGCCAACUUGUACCCGGAUUACUCUUCUCUCAGCUACGCUAUCUUAGACCUGGUGCAGUUCCUCAAGUGGAAGACAGCCACCGUGGUUUACGAUGACAGCACAGGUUUAAUCAGACUCCAGGAGUUAAUUAUGGCUCCAUCCAGGUAUAACAUCAGGCUGAAGAUCCGACAGCUCCCUCUGGACACCACGGACACCAGACCUCUGCUCAAAGAGAUGAAAAGGAGCAGAGAGUUUCGUAUUAUCUUCGACUGCAGCCACAUAAUGGCUGCCCAGAUCCUCAAACAAUCUCAUUGGGAUGGCCUGACGGGACGGCUGUGCUUCAACAGAACUACAGGUCUGCGCAACGACUUUGAUCUUGACAUUGUGAGUCUUAAGGAGGAUGGCCUUCAAAAGACUUAG